AUGCACGCGGGGCUGCUUGGGCUGUCCGCCCUGCUGCAGGCGGCGGAGCAGAGCGCGCGCCUCUGCACCGUGGUUUACCACUUUGCCACAGGACACCUUCUCUGGGGGUGGCUGGCCCUUUCUGUCCUCCUGCCUGGCUUCUUGGUCCAGGGCCUGAGCUACCUGUGGUUCCGAGCAGAGGGGCACCAGGGUCAUGGCUUCUUGAUGGUGCUGCACCUGCUUCAGCUUGGCGUCUGGAAACGGCACUGGGAUACUGCCUUGACUGCUCUCAAAGAAGGGGAGGCUCCCCGCUGGACUCAGCUAAGGCUGCAGGAGGUUGACCUGUCAGCCCUCCGGCUCUUGGAGGCCUUGCUGCAGACUGGGCCCCACCUGCUGCUUCAGACGUACGUUUUUGUAGGCUCGGACUUCACAGAUAUUGUUCCAGGCAUCAGCACCCUGCUCUCCUGGGCCUCACUGUCAUGGGCCCUCGUGUCCUACACCUGUUUCCUGGGCAUCCUGAAGCCGGGCCACCAUGCCAUGCCAUGGGCUUCUCUCUUCUGCCAGCAGCUCUGGCGGAUGGGCAUGCUGGGGACACGCAUCCUGACCCUGGUUCUGUUCUACAGAGCUUACCGCGUUUGGGUUUUGGUGGUUGGAGGUGCCCACUGGCUGGUGAUGACAUUUUGGCUUGUAGCCCAGCAGAGUGACAUUGUGGAGAGCACCUGCCACUGGAGGCUGUUCAACCUGGUGGUGGGAGCCGUGUACAUCCUCUGCUACCUCAACUUCUGGGACAGCCCUUCCAGAAACAGGAUGGUCAGCUUCUACUUGGUAAUGUUGCUGGAGCACAUCAUUCUUUUGCUGUUGGCCACUGACUUUCUCCAGGAGGCAUCAUGGACCAGCCUGUGGACCAUAGCAGGAGUGUUGUCUGGAUUUCUAAUUGGGAGUGUCUCACUGGUAAUUUAUUACAGCCUGUUGCAUCCAAAAUCUGCAGACAUCUGGCAGGGCUUCAUAAGGACGUGCUGUGGCACUGUGGGGAAUGACAAAGCAGAGAGCAAGUCUUCUUCCCAGACCUCAGCUCCAUACAGGGAGAGGCCUGAGAGCUCCAGCUGGUGUCAAGCAGAAAGCUAUGAACUAACAAGUCUAGAUAGGCCCUCCAUUCCACAGCAGCGCCCUCCAGAGAUGGGGCUAGGGGCCUGCAGUCCUGGGGAAGACUCUUUCCUCAGUCACCACCACUGGCUAUUGGUGAAAUUCGCCCUAAAGACAGGAAAUGUGUCUAAGAUCAACGCAGCCUUUGGAGAUGACAGUCCUGGCUACUCUUGUCCCCCUUCAUGGAGGUCUAGUAAGCCCCUGUCUUCCCAGAAAGACCUCCCAUCCUCCUCUCAUGAUCCUUCAACCUUGGAGAAAGGCUCCGAGUUCGGAGCCCCCAAAGCAGAGGUGGACUCAGUGGAAACCUCAAGCUAUGUCUCUUUUGCCAGCGAGCGUCAGGACAGUGUACCUCCCCAGAAGCCAUCAGCUGCACAGGAGGAGGGCAGCCCAAAGGAGGUGGCCAAACCUGAUCCUGGGGCUCAAGGGAGGGGCGAAGGUGGGAAACUAAGAGGAAGGGAAGGACAGGAGAAUACAACAACGUACUUCAGUGCCACCACGGAAGGGACUGUGUCCUCCCUCCAAGAAGACAGCUCAGAGACUCCACAGACAUGCCACUCUGGGAGGACAUUGGGAAAGGUCAUCCCUUUCCAGCCUGCCUUGCCUCAGCCAGUCACUAAGCCCUUUCCCAUCACCAUGGCCGACCUUAGCCCCAUCCUUGGCAGAGGCUCUUACAAAACCUUCCACCCCGAUGCAGACCUUUGUGGAAGAGAUCCAGGUAGCCCAGAGUGUGAGGAGUGGCGGGAGCCUGCGAAGGAGCUAAACCAUCCUGCUGCUGUUGGCACACAGGUGUCUUUGCAAAAGAUGGGCCUGAGAUCUGCUGAGGGGUCUUAUUUCACAUCUACCCCUAAGUCUGAGUCCGCCCAGAGAGACGGUAGCUGCAAGGACAAGAUGAAGCACGAAGCAAGUCUUUUCAUCUGA